AUGGUUUAUUAGGCAGAAAAAGAAGAACCUCUCUCUGGGUUUCAUCCUUUGUUUCUUUCUCUUCUCUUUCCCUCGUCCUAGAUCGGAAUAUUAGAUCGAGCUUUGUCGGAUUGUGCACGUCUCCAUGGCUACAUCUUUGACUACUGACAAAUCUAAGGUUAUAAGGACAUGGAUUUUAUGUGUUCCAAAUUUUGUCUGCUGGUACUACCGUUCUUGUCUCUUCCCAUCCAUUUUCUUAUUACUACCAUUGUUCCUUUCAUCUUCUCCACUCACUUUCUGCGUCGCUUCCACUCUUCCCCACACUUCCGGCACUGACCCACCCACACCCUCUUUUAAAACAACCCAACCCCACUCUCACCCUCAAAUCGACAUCCUCAUCACCGUUUCUCUUGUCUUGGUUCUAGCCUUGUUGUUUGCCAUGGGGUUCUUGUUCAGAUUCCUUAAACUCAGGAAACUCCGACGAAGUAAACCCACAUCAGCCGCUCAACCUGAAGAAACCGAAAGCAAGGGAAAAGAUUCGGUCGGCGGCGGCGGCGGCGGUGAAGGGUUUGUUAGGAAAUUCAGUUGGGAUGAGAUUAAGAAUGUUACUGAAGAUUUCUCACUUGUGAUUGGUCAAGGAGGGUUUAGCAAUGUCUACCUGGCUAACUUGUCUGGUAAUUCAAGACAAGGUGCAGUUAAAGUCCACAUCGGCGGUGAUCGACUUAACCAAGUGUUUAAACAAGAACUGGAUAUUUUGCUCCGGCUCCGACACGACAACAUCGUUAAACUUCUUGGUUACUGCAAUGAUCUAGAAGAAGGGGCCAUGGUGUUUGAGUACAUUCCUAAUGGAAACUUACAAGAAAAGUUACACGAAAGGAAUAACGAAGUACUUCCAUGGAAGACCCGCACGGCCAUAGCUUAUCAACUCGCUCAAGCAAUCGAAUAUUUACACGAAAAAUGUACCCUCCAAAUCAUUCACGGCGAUAUUAAAGCUUCAAACAUCUUGUUGGACGAGCGUUUUAAUUGUAAGCUCUGUGAUUUCGGUUCGGCGAAGAUGGGUUUUUCGUCGACGGUGAUGCCACCGUCGUGUUCCAGGACGACGAAGCAAGUGAUGAUAGGGUCACCGGGUUAUACCGACCCUCAUUACUUGAGAACCGGGUUGGCUUCCAAAAAGAACGACGUUUACAGCUUGGGUGUUAUUAUUUUAGAGCUUGUUACUGGGAUGGAAGCUUUUUGUCCCGAAAGGGGACAAUUAUUGACGUCGAUAAUGGCGCCCAAUUUAAAAGCCAUUAGUGAAGUUGGGACGGCGGUGGACGUGGCGGAGCUGGUGGAUCCACGUUUGGGUGCAGAAUUUGACUUGGAUGAAGCUAAGGCUAUGGUUUCAAUUGCUGGACUUUGCCUUCACCAGUCGCCGACUGUUAGGCCAUCAGCUUCGCAAAUCAUGCAAAUAAUGAAGGAGAAAAUGGGUUCCAUUGACUUACUCUUGUCGCCGGCCAAAGAUUGCCGCCAUAAAAACUAAUUGAUGGUGACAAACAUAGUUGUCGAUUGGGUUCAAAGUGAAAAUUGUUUAUACUUUGGUCUUUUUUUAUUGUAAGUAAAUUUGCGUAGGUAAAAAGGAUAAUUAGGGCCUGUCCUGGUCUGGAAUGUGUGCCCCUAAAUUAGACCAAAAAACUAUUUUAUUGUAGUAAAUGUAAGAUGGUUCAAAUUUUCAUAUCACUAAUUUUACUGCAACUGGAAACUAUUUUUUUUA